CACGGACGAUCUUUCCGGGUGUUUCGUUUGUUGUUAUGGUCACAGAGAGCUUGACCCAGAUGAAAGAUGUCGGCGGCCUCCGAUGUAAACUUUUCGGGCCUGGUUCCCGGGCCCUGGGCUCUAGGCCUCUCCAAGUUUGGGAUCCUGUAGCAUCCGUACCCUGCGCCAUGGAGGUGCGGUACACACGACACCGAUGGCAUCAUCACAUAACUAAUCGACGGAGAGGAGGGGCAGAGGAGAGAGCACGACCGCCAGUGUCCCAUCCAACUGCGCCCUCGCCCUUCACCUACCCCCACCCGUGCGAGACGAGACAUCUCUGCCACUCCUUUGGCGUUCCUCAUUUCCUAGCCUUCAUCCACUGCCCCAAUCCCAAGAGGCGAAGGAAAGAACAGAGAAAGGGGAAAGAAAUCCUGAAUCCAUUGGUUUUUCGUCUCAUCUUCUCAGAAUUAGUUCUUGACGGCCUCGAUCUGAAGGCACAAGCAGACAUGAGUGACGGAGGAUUUCUCGGCAUCCAGCCGACGGAGCUCAAAGUCCCUUUUGUCAUUUUGCUAACGGGAUUUGCCGGCUGGUCAUGCGUCGAGAAGUUGAGUUGAAGAAGCAGAGCUCAUGUUCCAUGCAGCUGACCAACAAGACAGAUCAAUAUGUUGCUUUCAAGGUUAAAACUACGAACUCGAAGAAAUAUUGUGUCCGCUCCAAUACCAGGAUUGUAUUGCCUAGGUCCACAUGUGAUGUCACUGUUCAAUAAAGAACCUGGUAAGGUUGUUGAUGAGUUCAAGUUGCGGGUCACUUAUGUUCCUGCUGGUCCUCCCUCACCUGUUCCUGAGGAACCAGAAGAAGGAUCAUCCACAUUGGAAACGGGCUUCAUAGUUUACAAACACAAGAUUCUGUAUCAAGAUCUAGCGAGCCGUCAAAGGAGAAGUCUUCAGAGGCAUUGGCUAUGAUUUCAAAGUUGACUGAAGAGAAACAUACUGCCAUUCAACAAAACCAGAAAGCUUCGGCAGGAACUGGUGCACAUUUCAAAUCACAUACAAAUGUAUGAUACAACUAAAGGCUAGCAUUUUUGCCAUUCAUAGUGCUUAUAAACUGGUAAAUAGUUUGUAAUGAAAAUCUAGUAGAUUAUGCUGGUGAUUGCAACUUAGAUGUUUCAAUUCUAUUUAUUGUCUAUGUACCUUUCGUAUCCAAUUUUUAUUCUGAACUCAUUAAAAUGCCGAAUGCCUUCAUGAAUGAGUAAAAUCAUAUACUUUCAUUAAAGUAUGGAAAUACCCAGUUCCGUCAGUCUUUUCAUCCUGAGGUACAGAAUAUGAUAUAUAUAUAUUUUUUUUAUUGCAUAUGGUGAAAAAGACUGCUGUAGUUUGAAAUGUACAAUUCUCGUGCAUCUAGUUCUUCAUUUUGAUAUCUCUCUAAUCUGAACACUAAAUCAUAUCUUGUUCGUCUAUCGUUUGUUUCUGUUUCAAUAUAAAAGGUGCUGUAAGAAACCAGGAAUACAUCGCAAAAGACUCCGAAAAUGCCAGCACAGGAACCAUGGUGACACUUCUGUAUAGCUUACAACAAAUUAGAAUUUCAUUUUGAUUCUUUCCCUAUAUUAUGAAACUACAAUGCAAACAAUUUUGAUGAUUCUUAUACCCUUCGGUUGAUCCACUAAUACUGAUGUAUUGGUUUAUAUCUCAGACCAUGAUAUCGAUGAAAGAGGCCUGAUAUUUAGUUUUGCCAGGAGCUCCAGUUUGAUUGUGAACAUGUUGCAAAAGAUUCCUGGUUAUUAUCAUGAUAUUGUGGCUCACUCUAAUGGCAAUUGCAGGAUCUGCUGAGGAAAAAACGCAACGUGGUGGUGUCGAUGGUGCUCUUAUAGGGUAUAUCAUCAAGAAGUUGUAACACAGAAUGCAAAACCAAACUGGAUGAAGUCACAACACAGAAGGUAAAGAAAGAUGAUUUUGGAAUGUGAUCUUGAACUUCUUUUUCUAGAUUGCGGCCUUAUCUUUUCUUCUAUAUAUGAAACUUUGAAGGUAACCUGUAAACGACACGAAGUAUUUUUGAUCUUAAUCAUUUAAUUUCUUGUGAAAUACUUGGAAUUUUCUGACAUCAAGAAAACAGUAUCUUUGAAAUAAGAAGAGUCUUUGUGACUA